CGCAGAUUGUCACUACGUCGGAUAAAGUCCGGGUUUUUGUUCGAGGACAAGAAGUAUCUGCGAAGUGGGCUGAUUCAAUGUCAUGAACAUGCGAGACCGCAUCAGACCUCACGAUUCGCGCUGGACUCGCUUUAAUAAUCCAUACGGUAAUUUCUGGAGCCUUGUAUUUGUGUGUUGACCGUUGUACUGAUUCUCUGCCGACUGGAGACUUAUUUGCGUUGUCUCGCACUUUCUUAGGAAUCACCAUGUGCUCCAAAUGAGUCUGCAAAUCUGAUGGUGAUCAAUUGACGUCUACCUCCGCGGUGGUUUCUGCCGAUCCUUCAGUUGUAGCACAGAAUUUUCAAGCUGGCGACGGAGGAGCCAAACAACAGGCUACUCAGCAAUGCUGCUGUAUCCAUCCGAACUUACACCAUUGUCUUUAUGCCUUGCACAUGCAUUUGCUGCGGUGAUACAGAUGCUGCGGCAAUGCGGGGAACCAAUCACGCUUGCGGCAUUUCUCCUCGCUACAACGAACCUGUAUCUGCCAAGGACAUUCGCCUUCAGCACCGCGUCAAAAAUUUUUCUUUUCUUUCUUUCCAGGCGCUGCGGAUUCUGGAGAGGAAAGAAAUAAAAAGACUCAAAAUUUUUGAGAAAGACUAUCU